AUGUCCGCAUCAUGGAAAACAGUGGAUGAUUUUUAUGAGCAUUCAAAUGUGGCUACGGUGCGACUAGAUGACAUAGCUAAACGUGGUUCGAUUGCUCCAGAGACCUUUGCAGCAAAAUGCUUCACCGUAGCCUAUGGCAUUGUGUUCUGUCCAAUUACCUGGAUCAUUAUCCGCGAUAUCGGCCAAUUGGCUUUAGUAUAUAUUACAACAUUUUACGCACGACUUAAAUUAAAGUUUUCGAACGUGAGUGAAAAACAGGAUCAAGUCUUCAUGCUUCCAUUUUGGAUAUGCGUCGUAAUCUGUGGACUGAUAAUGGGCAGCGGUACCAUCUGGGUGUACUAUUAUGAUGCGUUCUCGGGUCCACCUGGCACUGGAAUGCCGUGGUUCCUUGCGCUUUACUUCACUUUUCAAACAUUCACAACGAUUGGGCUUGGUGAUGUCAUGCCGAACAACAUUCCAGUCAGUUCUCAUUGA